UGAGUUGAAUUGAAUGGCCGGUCGUGUCUCGUCGUCACCAUCAUUUCUCUUGCUGCAAGUUCCCAUCCUCCUCUACAAAUUGAGAUUGUUCAUUUUCCUGUCUUUGUUACUUUUUAAUGUUAGGCGUUAAAAUAUUGCUCAAUUUUUUGUCGAUCCUUACCUUCUUACAUAGCAAACCGACAAGGAAACAUACUGUUGCCUUUUUGUUUUUUUUCUUCGUGUCAUCAGCUGUCUCCUGUCAAUCGAGUGAUCGAGCCAGUCGAUCAGACGAACUCCAUCUUGUCCAGUGAGACAACCAGAACUGACUUGAAAUAAAAAAGAUCUUUUUCCUUUUUUGUCUUCUGUUUGUUUUGUCAUAUCAUAGAAGAGCUUAUGAUUUUGUGAAGUCCAAAGUUGAAGUACAAGUAACUGUCACACAAGAAAUUAGAAUCCAAAUAAGACUAACACUAAGAAAUAACUUGGACACAUUUAAAAAAAAAAAAAACCAACAAAUAUAUUGUAAUUAUAUAUCAUUCAAUAUGGCAAGUCCUCGCACAAGAAAAGUUCUGAAAGAUUUACGAACAAAUGAUGAAAAUAAUCAAUGUUUUGAAUGUGGCACACACAGUCCUCAGUGGGUCAGUGUGACCUACGGCAUCUGGAUAUGUCUCGAGUGUUCUGGAAAGCACCGAGGCCUGGGUGUGCAUCUCAGCUUUGUUCGAUCUGUAACAAUGGACAAAUGGAAAGAUUUAGAGCUGGAGAAGAUGAAAGUUGGAGGCAACAAGAAGGCUCGCAAAUUUUUUGAAUCUCAGGAUGAUUAUCACGACUGCAUGACCAUCCAGGAGAAGUACAACACGAAGGCUGCUGCCCUCUAUAGAGAUAAAAUUUCCACAGAAGCUGCCGGCCAGUGUUGGUCCAUGGAGAGUUCACCAGCUCGUAAUUAUGUACCUCAUCAGCUGUCUUCUAAGUUAUCGUCAUCCGUUAGUUAUCCCCGGUUUGAGGGUGGUGACGAUCGAAAUGCUGUCAAGAGCAGCGAGUACAAUAUGGCAGCAGGUGGCUAUCAAGAUGCAGGCAGCAAGAUGACCAAUGUACACAGGGGCAAAUAUGUUGGAUUCGGAAGCACACCCAUGCAGACAAGGAAAGAUAGUGACUACUGGUCUACAUUAUCAGAGGGUUGGUCCAGUUUCACUCUGGGUGCAUCAAAAUUAGCCUCCCAUGCUUCCGAAAAGGCUUCCACACUGGCAGUCUCGGCAUCACAGAAAACAAAAGAAUUUGGAAACCUGGUUAAUGAAAAAAUGAAGGAUAAAAACUUGUUGAAUGAUGUCUCACAAUCAGUAUCAGGCAUCGCUAAUAAAAUACAAGUUGCUGGCAUGAAGGGCUUCUCGACGUUGUUUGGUGAUCAGCAGAGUGGCAACAAUGCUUCUCUUGAUAAGACACAACAGCAAUCUGCAAACAAGAGCAAGUACGGGGCCACUUAUGACCAGGGGAGUUAUCAAUCAUAUGGUGCAGAUGAUGAGACCAACGGUUGGCAGGUCAGUGACACCUGGGACGACAAAUGGACGAGCACUGCCGAUGCUUCCAAUGUGUCGAACAAGCAUUUGAAAAAAUCUUCAAACUGCCAGCAGCAACAGCGUACAAAUGAUGAUGACGACGGUUGGGGGGGUUUCGACGAUGAACUGAACGAUGUACCGUCAUCAUCGGCCGCGAGGAAAGUUACGACGCAUCCUAAAAGUUCCAAGCCUCCCUCCGAUCUCAUUGAUUUCAAUGAACUUGAAGUGAAGAAUUCCAAAAACAAACAUCCUCAAAAUUCGGGCUGGGAUGAUGACGCCUGGCUCUCACUUAAUGAUUAACUUUUAAUUUUAGUCAAUUAGUAUGGACGAUUGAUUCAUUAAGAUUUAACAUUCGUUUUAACGAUAAGUUAUUAAAUCGUUCAAAUUAUUCGUCUUAUUUUCCAUUCAUAUAUGUGUUUUGCGCUAAAAUCUGCUUGGUGGAAAUGUUGUAUAAAAAACGUGUUCAUUACCUUUGU